GUUGCUGUUGAUCUGAUGAGCUUCAACACGAUAUAUUUGAUGCUGAUGUUGGUCAGAAUGGCUCCUGCUCUUCCUCUGAUCUUUCUGCUCAUGAUUCACAGGGUUUCUAGUGCAGGUUGGGGUGUGAGUUACAGUCCUUCACACAUCUGUGCACUAAAGGACUCAUCAGUGAUAAUGAGCUGCACUUAUACAUACCCUACUGGAUAUAAGAUCGAGAAAGUGUUCUGGUUCAAAGGCCCAUUACAAGAGUGUGUAGAGCUUCCAGAUCUGUCUAAUGACACUGAAUAUAGUCAGAGGCUUCAGUAUCUGGGAGAUAAACAGCAGAACUGCACCAUCAGACUGAGUCAUGUGACACUGAAGGAUUCACACAUGUACUAUUUCAGAUUCAUCACUGAUAAAGACAAAUGGAUUGGUAAACCAGGAGUGUCUCUUAAUGUCACAGAUCUUCAGGUGGAGUCUCCUGAGAGAGUGACAGAGGGAGAUUCAGUCCGUCUGACAUGUAAAAGCAGCUGCACUCUGACUGACAGAGCAACAUUCAUCUGGUACAGAAACUCACAGCCAUUAACUGAGAGAAGAGACAGAAACAAUGAACUCCUGCUGCAGUCAGUCAGAAGAGAGGAUGCAGGCAGAUAUAGCUGUGCUGUACACGGACACAAUCACAUCUCUCCUGCUGUUCAGCUCAAUGUCACAUGUGAGUACAGAUUCAGUUGUUCUUUUUAUGUAUUGAGUUUAUGUUUGGAAAUACACUUUCAUUUGUCUAUUUUAGAUGUCUCAGUGUUGAUAACUGGAUCUGGUGAAAUAAGUUUCAGUGCACUACAGAGUGGACGCUUCUACUGUCAGGCUCACAAUCAACAUGGAUCUCAGAGAUCAGACGCUGUAACUGUCACAGGUGAAGCUUUUAUUAACACACUCCUGUAUCUUCACAUCAUUCAUCAGUUUGGAGAGUUAAUCAUGAUGAUCUUCCUCUUUCAGUUCAUCAUGGUGCUGGUAGGAAUGUGA